AAUUAUAUUUCGGCACCUCGUCCUCGAGAUCACUUGUUUUAGCUAGGUAGUACCACUCUUAGGUACGGUUGAUGCCACAAUGUAUUAAGUAAGAAGAAGAGUUUUAUCAUACAGCACCCUUCCUUACCGACUGGACCGUGUACGCCAUUACGCUUUUUUGUGUACGCGUUGGUGCCACGAAAUUUUUCCUUCUUUGAUUUUUUUUUGAAAUACUUGAUCUUUUUAAUUUAAUAUUGAUAUUUUCCUUUUUUUUAGAUAAAUGGGGAAGCAUAGCAAAAGCGAUCGAACUGAUCGGAGGGACCGAAAGCGAAAACAUUCGCGAUCGCGAUCCCCUCCUAGAAUGGAUAGCCAACAGGAGUUGGAGCGUCUCUCUAAGGAAUUGGUUGCUCUGAGAGCCGAAAUAGAACGGAAUACCGCUCGCUCUGUUCGCAGUAAUCAAUCAGCUGCUAGUUAUAGCCAAGCCUCCUCCUAUAUUCUGGAAAGUCCAGAAAGUUCAAAUGAAUUUUCCCAAGGUGGCACACCACCUUCCUCUCCGAUUGGUGGAACACCACCAUCACCUAUGGAAUGUGGAAUACCACAAGAUGUUGUCAUCAUCGAUAACGAUGUCAAGCUAGACGAUGAGAUCCUAGAAGCAUUGGGGGAAGACCCUCACAAGGAUACCAAGAAGACAUAUGAACUACACUCAGUAGUCCAAAAGAGAUGGAAAACCAUACUCACAGAAGGGCUUGAUAAAGGAGAAAAAGAAAGGCUAAUGGAGCUACAUUUGCCUCCAACAAAUUUGACAUUGUUGAAGGCCCCAGAUAUAAACCCUGAAAUUCUGAAGGCUAUACCUUCAAAUACACAUAAGAAAGACAAGUUUCAACAGCUGAACCAGAGCCAGUUGGGAAAGGGCCUUGCUGCCCUAGGGGCUGGUAUCAACAUCCUCUUGAAGGAAGAGGAUAAUAAAGAAAACAAGAAUACAGUUCUUGGCCUUCUUAGUGAGUCAGGAAAAUUGUUGACAGAUGUUCACUAUAAUAUGUCACUGACUAGGAGAGCCCUCAUUACACCCACGUUGAGUAAAACUGUUAAAGAGCUGACUAGUGCAGCACCUAUUGAGGAGCUGUUAUUUGGAUCAAACCUGGGUGAGCGUAUAAAAACAGCAAAAGCUGUUGAGAGAUCAGUUAUAGAUCUCAAACCAAAAUCAGAUACUGUAUUCAAGAAGCCUAGUAAUCAACUACCAAGUACAAGCUCAGGUAGCAGUACAUAUAAAAGAGGUGAUUCUUUAAACUGGAGGGGCCCGUCUGGAUACAGGAGAGAUCACAGACAGAAGGGGCAAUAUCUCCAAACCAAAAAACAUUAUCAGCCUCCCACUCGGAAGUAGAUAGAAAGGAAAACACAUCCACUGCAUGCCACCCUUUCCCUGGUGGCAGGCAAAUUGUCCGGCAAGCUUUUUUAAGAAAAGGCCAUUCAGAGGAAACAAUCCACACCUUGAUGCAGUCUAUAUCUGAAUCAACAAUGAGACAGUACAAUUCCUCUUAUGAGGCAUGGUGGUCAUUCUGUCUGAAUGAAAAAGCAGAUCCUUUUGAAGC